UGAUCUCUAUGGGGUCCCAUGAACCCUGAAGCGUCCCGUGAAACGUUCGGAGAUGCCCUGACAAAGGGAGGGCACAACGUCCCCUAUGGAGGCCCUGUGUCCCUUGUGGGGGUGCCCCGCCAGGUUGCGGUCCCACCCGCACCUGCCCCGUGCGCUCACCGCCGUCUCAGGGGUCUCUCUGGGAUUCCCCUUCUUCCCCCAGUUCUGAGCCUUUGUAGGACAUCUUCUCCCCCGUCACCUCUUUCCAAUUUGAACCUUUCCUGCUCUCUCCUAGAUUUAGACCCUUUCUAGGAUUUCCCCACACCUUGAUUUAGAGCCCUUUCAAGACUUUUUCCCCCCUAAUCUAGACCCUUUUUAGCACCCCCCUCAACUCUAGAACCUUUCUAGGAUCCAUUCCUCCCAUUUUUAGGCCCUUUGUCGGACUUUUCCCCCCCAAUCCAGAACCUUCCUAGGAUCUCUUUCCCCUGACCCAGAGCCUUUUUAGGAUGUUUCCCCUUUUCUAGACCCCUUCCACGAUUUUCUCCCCUGACCUUGGAUCUCCCUCCUGUUUCCAGCACUGCCACGGCAUUCCCAAGCACUCUCCAGCCUUCAGCACUCCCAUGCUGCCCCACUUCAGACUCUCCCUAGCCCCCCCUCUUCCCUCCCCCAAACCAACAGGCUCCUUGUAACCCCCCAAUCCUGCACCUCCCUUGCUCAUCCCAUCACUGUGCUUUUUGUGCCCAGGGGAUGGAGCAGCUCCAGGGGCAGGAGGAUGCUGUGAGCAUUCUGGCAAUGCUGAUUUCCCUUCAAUACUUGAUGCCUUCUUGCAAGGAGCGUGGCUCCAUGGAGAGCCCUUCUGCCCUGUGCUGUCUGUAACACAAAGUCGACGAGCCUGGGUGCAAAGCUGGCAACACAGACCUGGAGAGAUGCAGAGGUUUCUAAUGUGACUCGGGAGGAGUCUGCUGCAUUUUCCUGGCAGCGCUGCUCGUUUUGUCUCCGCUUGAAGCAGCUUUUUGCUCUCUGCCUUAAUGCUGGGGCUGCAGGGAGGGGAAAUCCCACAGGGGUGGGUGCCAGUGCAAGGUUCCCAUUGUCAUUAGCUCUGGGAGGUGUUGAGGUGAUGCUCUGCUCGCUCUUUUCUCCUUCCCAUCCUCUGAGAGAGAGAAAACCCCGAGGAAAAGUUUCUGACACGGAGAAAAGUUUUUAUCCCCUCCCUCCCAGUGAGGAGCUGCGCCAGCAUCCCAGUGGGUGGCAGUGGGAGCAGCCGCUGCCGUGUUCCAUCCCGCUGGAGGGCACAGGGACAAAUCCCACCUCCGCCCCUGCCUCGUCCCUCCCUCGGCCGCAGGAAGGCGGGUGGAUGGAGGAUGGCUUUUCCAGGCUAUGCAGGAGAGAGCCACGCACCGAAGCUGAGCGCUACCACCGCUGCGGGUGCUGCAACUGGGACAACACAACUAGGAGCUGUGGUUCUGCAGCCUGGGACUCCCUCCAGGGCAGCGACCCCAGGGGUGGCCACUGGUGAGGUCCCGUCCCGGCUGCGCAAGGGGCAGUGAGGAUGGAGCCGGGCGCGUGCACCCCUGGGCUGUGCCAGCCCAAGAACAGCAGCACCCAACUCAACGCCACGUCCGAUAGUGCCAGCGACCUCCUGGCCACCUCCUUCCUGGGCUGCAUCCUGGGCACCAUGUGCGUGGUGGGCGCAGCGGGGAACAUCUACACGCUGGUGGUCACCACUGUCUCCAUGAGGCGCAGCGGCUCCAUGUAUGUUUACAUCAUCAACUUGGCCCUGGCCGAUCUCCUCUACCUGUCCACCAUCCCCUUCGUGGUGUGCACCUACUUCGUGCGGGACUGGUACUUCGGAGACCUGGGCUGCAGGAUCCUCUUCAGCCUCGACCUCCUCACCAUGCACGCCAGCAUCUUCAUCCUCACCAUCAUGAGCACCGAGCGCUACCUGGCUGUCGCCCGCCCUCUGGCCACGCUGCGGGGCUCAAGGGACCGCCGGCGGGUGCUCACCUUCCUGGCGUGGCUGGCGGCCUUCCUCCUCGCCCUGCCCAGCAUGAUCCUCAUUGACCUGCGCACCAGCCACCGCCACGGGGUGACCAAACGUAUGUGCCACCCCACGUGGCGGAUGGGGCCCUACAAGGUGUACCUCACUGUCCUCUUCAACACCUGCAUCCUCGCUCCGGGCAUCACCAUCUGCUGUGUGUACACCAAGCUGGCCAGGACCUACUGGAGGUCCCAGAGGGCUCUCGUUGCCCACACCAAGCAUGCCAGCCACUGUCCCAAGCAGAAGGUGCUGUACAUGAUCUUCAGCAUCGUGCUCGCCUACUGGGCUUGCUUCGUGCCCUUCUGGCUGUGGCAGCUCUUCAGCCUUUACUGGCACGAGCGUGGGGAUCGGGAUGGCUCCGCCAUCGUCCCCAUCAACUUUCUGGUGACCUGCUUGGCCUACAGCAACAGCUGCGUCAACCCCUUCCUCUACACGCUGCUCUCCAAGAACUACAGCGAGUACCUGCGGAGACAUCACCGGGCCGCCCAGCGGGGCUCCUCUGCACAGCCGCCAGCCGCUGUCCCACCCCUGGGGGGCUCUGGAGAGGAUGAUUGUGGUCUGUGAGAGGUGGGUGCCCACCAGGCAGGCAGCAGAGAUGCAGAUGCUUUUUCCUCUGUUGCAGUUCAGUGGCUCAGCCCUUUUGCCGAGGGCUGUGGCACGUUGUUGCCACCUGGGUGACGCUGGUAAGAUAUUGAUUAUAGCAAUAAAAGGAUAAAAGCAAGGCAGCCCUGGUCACUGAAGUUGUUCUGAGCUUUCUGAUAAACAUGCUUCUUGUUGUUACGUUUCUACCAGGAGCUCUACUGAAAAGUAAUCUAUCGUCAGGUUUGUUAAAGGAACCAUUUCCUGAAGGAAAACGGUGCCCCAGGCCCCCUCACACAUCAGGUGCUCUGGAAGCAUUGUUCCCAGUUGGUUCAGGCAGACCUUCAGACGAGCCCAUGCUCCCUGCACAAGGGGACGGCAUCUCUGUUCCCCACAGGUUCCCAAGGGGGAGAAAUCUCCCCUUUGAUAUCCAACAGAGUGAAGGCAUUAGGAGCCCCAGGCACGGUGGACUCUCCGAGCAGUGUCCCCAGGUCAGUCCCCUCUGCCUGGACUCAUUUAACCAGCAUCCAAUUCAUGUUCCGCUCCAAAGUCUCCCAGACCAAAUAAUUGCGCAGACCAUUCAAUGUCUGUAGCUUUCUUGGAUCAAGGUUAGCUCUGUAGAAGAGACCAGGUUAAGUUCACGUUGCUUUCUUAUUGUCUCCUCACCACCAAAUCCAGGUUUCUCUUGCAGAUCUUGUUCUAGAACCCGACCAAAUACCAAGAGUGAUGCCAGGGUCUCCUGGGUCCUCCAGGAACGUCUCUCUCCGUCCCCUCCCUGUACCAGAACCGCCACGGCUCAGCCAUAUGGUUUCCAGGCACAGCCCAACCCCUGGUCCGUUUGCCAGCUGCUGAAUCUGGGACAGAGAUCCACAGACUUGGCAGGGUGCUGCAGCAGCUGUCUGCAAAGCCGCACUUACCCUCCCUUUAAACGCUCCUCUUCUGUGGUCCGUAAAAGCCAGGUUGUGGUGGAAGGAAAAAAGAAGUCAUUCUUAACCUGUUGAUGCCUAAGCCCCCCUCCUGUCAUCUCACAGCCAGCCCUAAGGGCUCCAGGCAGAUUUUCUUUUAUUUUGUGGCAAGUAGAGCACAGGUCCUAGGUUUAGGGGCUCCUGCUCUCCAGGGGGGGAUCCAAGCCAUGAAAUAACGCUCCAGCCAAGGCUGGAAGGGGAUCUGCAGGACACGAGGGCAUUGUUUGCAUUAUCCACACAGCCGCUAACUGCAAGAUUGCAGACAGGGGUUAUACAUUUAGGCUUGAUGUUAUUUCAAGUCAGCCAAAUCAGGAAGAGAGGCAUUAUCCCUUCCUGCCCCACCGCACCUAAAGGGAUUUUGUCUGUAAGUGUUCACUGGCAAAGCUGUAGGGUUUUAGCAUUACCCUAAGCCACAUGUGAAAAAAAUGCCUGAAAAAGUAAAUGAUGCGGAGGGUUUAUAGCUAGGUAUCAAACUGCAAGCCACCAACAGAAAUUAUAAAGAGGUUUGUCAGCAGAAAGCAUUCAUAAAUUAAAAUACAUUCUGCUGUGCCUUCAUCAAGUACAUCCUAGUGUGCAGCAGGGGCUGUCUUCCCCCAGGCAGGCGGAGUGCCGAGGCCAUGGGUGCAUCAUCAUAAAUCAGAACACAAAUUGCCACUCCUAGACCAGCACUCCUCACAGACUGUUUUUGUACAUCCUGCAGAAGGAGGCAGAGACUGGAAAAUUUAACCUGAGGAAUUUAAUCGACCUGCCAAGCUUCUGCAAAAGAGUGAAUUACUUAAGUUCUGUAACAUUUCUUAAGAGAAUCUGUGAUUUGCUAAUAAGUCUCCAAAAAAGUUCAUGCAGUGCAAGAGUCCUAUGGCAGCCCCACUACAAGCAUCGGGUUAUCCAGAGAAACCACUCUGUCGGUGCAUUUGGCCAUGCUGUGAAGUUGCUCAAAGAAUAGGUAUUUUAAAAAGAAAGCAAAACAAAAUCUACACAGAUGAAGGAAACUCCAGCUUUCAGCUUUGGGAGGGAAGGCUGUGCUGCAGCGCAAGCCUGAUACCGUGCGCUGAAUCACGCGUGCUGACUGCCAGCACUGUCUGCAUGCAGACUCAUGGCACUCUUUCUCCACUCACAGAAGUACAGGAAAGCAAAGAUCCACCAGCAUUAAUCAAUCUUUCCCCAGCUCUCAUUAAGAGAUGAUUUUUUUUUUCCUGAAAACUGAGAUUUUGGAAAAAUAACGGGGCAUAUAAGAAGAGAAAUGGAUGAAGGCUGGUAAACAGUCAGAGAAGGAAUAAAAUGAACGCUCUCUCUAGAAAGGAGGAGUUGUAGCUGAGCCGUCUAUGUACGCCUAUGAAAUCAGCUGCAUUUUCAUAGCUUGUCCUCUGAGCCACCCCAGCUUCCCACUGCAGGUACCUGUACUCAGCACGAGGUGAGGCAGUUUGGUCAGACAACGCCGAUGCUUGCUAGUCACCAGUCCGGUCACUGCUAUGGGCGGCAGAGCUUCAUGGAACCUCGCUCUGGCUCUGUAAAACAAACGGGAUUAUUUUGUAACCCUACUGAAGAUUUUGUAACGCUGCAGGUUUUUUACUGACCACUGUGGUUUUUGUUGUUGCCUCCUUUGACACCAUGACUCUGUCCCCGACACCCACCUCCAGCUGAGCUGAGCACAGCGCUCUCCCACAUUUCAUGACGAGAGUAUCAGUUUUCCUGUGGCUUCCAUAAGGAUGUUAACGAAGCGGUGGAUACCAAGAGUUUAAAGUUGUGAGUUUAUUGCAUAUGUAACAAAAAUGAACAUGACCUCCUGGGUCCAGCCUACUAUACAAUCACUGUUUAUUCCAGCUGGUUCCAUAACCACAUUAAAUAGAACUAGUAUUUCUUUAAAUACUUUGAUUUAGACAUAAAAUGAAACAUUAGUGUACAACUUUCACAAAAUAAAUCUGCAAUAAAAACAGUGGGAAGAAUAACAAGGAUAGCAGCAAUACUUAAACA